AUGGCGACAAUGGGGACAAAUCAGAUGAUUUGCUCCUUUGUGGCUGUGAUUGUGGCUGUCAUUGUUAGUGUGAGAGGACUUUACACAGUGCCACAUGAUGCAAGUGCAGGACAUGUCAUCAAGCAAUAUGAAGUGGAUGAUCGGAACUUCCAGUUGCUUCCUUCCAACCAUUCUGAAUAUUUCUUCUUAUCAAGAAGUGGUGUCCUCAUGAUCAAGUGUGAUAUCUCACACCUGGUGAACUCAUAUAUUACUCUGGUGAUAUCAGAGGAGGGAGAAUCCUCAAAGCAUGUACGAACUGAGAAUCUCUUUGUGAUACAUCGUGAUGAUAUGCUCAAAUUUCUCACUGACAGCUAUGAAGGCCAUGUUGCUGAAAACUCCUCUCCACUUACUCUCAUCAGGAUCUCAGAUUCUCAAGAUGCCAUUUGCCUAAAUGGUAAUGGAAAUGCCCUUGCUGCCAUGCACUUCAGACUUGGAAAUCAUGACAAUAUCUUUAGCCUCCAUGAAGUCAGUCAAUGGUGUGUCCAAGUUCUGACUGUCAAACCCCUUGACCGAGAAGAGCAGACCACGUACCAGACCUUCAUCAUUGCAUUCAAUGAGAAGACUGGGGAAAAAGUGAAAACCAAGCUUGUGGUCCAUAUAGAUGAUAUCAAUGACAAUCCACCUGUGUUUGAGAAAUCUCUUUAUGAAUUUCAUCUUCCAUCCAACACAUCCAGAUUAAGCCGUGUCGGAACUGUGCGUGCCAGGGACAUGGAUGGUGACAAAGUCAUCUAUAAGCUUGCAGAGCCUCAUGAGAUGUUUGUUGUUGUGCCUAAAACUGGUGACAUCUUGCUGGCUGGUGAACCUGAAAUUGGUGUGGAGUAUCGACUGAAAGUGGAUGCCUAUGAUGUCAGGGAGGACAGACUUAGGUCUAGCCAACCUGCCCUGGUUUAUGUGCAGUUCCUUGAUGCGGCUACGAAUCUGGAAGAUCAUAUGGUUGAUGAACUUGAGUUGCUGGAAGACCACUUGCUUGAUGAAGAUGAGCUUCACAGAGAAAAGAGACAAAGCCACAGUCAAGGUGUUCGUCCUACCCAUCGUGCAAAGUACAAAGAAACAGACGGUGCUGUGGAAGGAACAAAGGUUUUUGAAUUGAGUAAGGAUUACCAGCAAGAGUAUUUCAAGAUUAGGGAUCAGUCAAAUCCAUGGGUUACUGUAGAGCCCAAUGGAGCGGUCCGUGUCAAGAAGAAGUGGGAUUAUGAAGAAUUGGGCCCUGAGAAGACCAUCAAUUUCUGGGUAGAGAUAAAAAAUCCUGCAAAUGGAAACACAGAAUUCCAGCGAGUCAUCAUUCAGGUGGAAGAUGUCAAUGAUGAACUACCCUUUUUCAUAAACCGCCCUUUGCCCAUGAAGACUGUUGUGAAGCUCAAUGCCCCACCAAAUACUCCAGUGUUUACACUUCAAGCAAGAGAUCCAGACACAGACAGUGACAUCCAUUACUUUCUUGUCCGUGACAGAACUGGGGGCCGUUUUGAGGUGGAUGAGCGGUCUGGUGUAGUGAGAACACGUGGAAAUGACCCUUUCCAACUUGACAUGGAAUAUAUGCUGUUUGUCAAGGCAGAAGAUCACAAUGGAAGAAUUGAUGACCGAACUUUUCAGUCAACACCAGAAACUAAGUUGUCCAUUGUGGGUGGCAAAAGGCCUCCACAAUUCUAUAUGGAGAGUUAUGAAGCUGAAAUCCCUGAAAACCAAAAGAAAGAUUCUGAAAUAAUUUCUGUGAAAGCCAAAUCUUUUGCGGAACGGGAGAUUCGUUAUACAUUGAAAGCAAAAGGGCAAGGAGCUGGAACUUUCAACAUUGGCCCUACUUCGGGAAUAGUGAAAUUAGCCAAGGAACUUGAUUUUGAGGACAUGAGACAAACACACAUCUACUCUCUACUUGUGACUGCUACAGAAGACUCUGGGGGAUUCUCCACAUCAGUUACUUUGACCAUCAAAGUGACAGAUGUCAAUGACAAUGCUCCAAAGUUUGAGCUUCCAGAUUAUCAGGCACAUAACAUUGAUGAAGACAUUCCAAUUGGGACCAGUAUCCUGCAAGUGAAAGCCUCAGAUGGUGACUCAGGUGCCAAUGCUGAAAUUGAAUAUUCUGUAUCUGACGAUCAUUUCAAAAUCAACAACAAUGGAGUGAUAUUCAAUAAUAAGAAGCUGGAUGCUGAUAACAAUAACGCCUACUAUGAAUUCACUGUGACUGCUAAGGACAAAGGUGAACCACCCAAGACAGGCAUAGCCACUGUGCGUGUCUAUACGAAGAACAAGAACGAUGAAUCACCAGUUUUCUCCCAGGCUGUAUACACCCCAAAUGUGGAUGAAAAUGCUGGCCCAAAGGCUCUGGUCACUACUGUGAUAGCAUCUGAUAAAGAUGGAGACAAUGUGCACUUCGGAUUUUCUAGGGGACAGCUGGAAUUAGGCCAGUUUGUCAUUGAACCCCAGACUGGAGUGAUCCGUCUCCAUGAUGGCCCAAUCACAUUGGACAAGGACAAGUAUGAACUCAAUGUGACAGCAAUGGAUGAUGGAUCUUGCUGUGAGAAUGGAGCAGCAACAAUUCACACCAGUGAAGCUGUUGUUGUGGUCUUCAUUACGGAUGUCAAUGACAACAAGCCUGUGUUCCAUAAUUGCACUACAUAUCAUGCAAAAGUGGAGGAAAACUCCCCUAAUGGAAGUCCUGUCAUCACUGUGGAAGCAACAGAUGAGGACAAAGGUGUGAAUGGGCAAGUGAAAUACUCAAUUGUCAAGCAGCCUAACCAAAAGGGGACCAAGUUCACUGUGGAUCCAGAUACAGGGAAAAUUUCCACCAACAAAGUGUUUGACAGAGAGGCAGAAGAUGGGAAAUUUGUAUCAUUAACAGUGAAAGCAACAGACUUGGGUGAACCAGCUCUCGAGGGCGUUUGCUCUUUCACUGUUGAGAUCACUGAUGUUAAUGACAACCCUCCACUCUUUGACCGACAGCGUUAUGAAGAAAAUGUGAAACAGGAUACCUCAAUUGGUGCUAAUAUCCUUCGUGUAUCAGCAUCAGAUGAAGAUGCUGACCAAAAUGGUGCAAUUACCUAUAGCCUCCAUCCUCGACAUAGAAACUCAGAUGAUGCUGAAUAUUUUGAUAUUCAGCCAGAAUCUGGAUGGAUCACACUGAGAAAGCCAUUGGAUCGGGACACAUACAGCCUGGAAGCUCAAGCUCGCGAUCGAGGCUUUCCACCUGAAUCACGAACAGUGGAUGUUCUCAUCAGAGUUGUGGAUCGUGACAACAAACCACCUCAAUGGGAAAAGCUGGUCUACGGUCCAAUCUACGUGAAGGAAAAUCAAACUGUUGGGUCGAGGGUGGUCUCUGUAAAGGCGCAGUCUGGAAUUGAAGACAACCCAACAGUAUUUUAUACACUGAUGAAGGGACUCACAGUGCAAACUAAUAAGGAUGACACCUUCUACCUUCAACCUCGUCCAGAUAAUGGUGUCACUUGGGCAGAUAUAAAAGUAAAUAAGGAACUCGAUUUUGAAGAUGUCAAGGAGUACAACCUCACAAUAAGAAACAAUGGAGCUCAGCAGCUGGGAUCAGAGGCAAUUGUUUACAUUGUUUUGGAGGAUGUCAAUGAUGAGAUACCCCUGUUUGUGGAGAGAGCUCAGGAAACUGUCGCUGAAGGGGAACCUAUCCGUACCCGAGUGACAACCAUCAAAGCAAUUGAUGCAGAUGGGACUUUCCCAAAUAAUCUGGUCUACUAUUCCAUUGUGGAUUCACCUCGUAAUGAGGGGAAGAAAUUUUUUGAAAUUGACAAACAAACUGGAGAAAUUUUCACCACAGCAGUAUUUGAUAGGGAAGUGAAACAAGCUUAUGCAUUGGAAGUGGAGGCCAUUGAUGGUGCUGCUUCUGCCAGACGAGGAAUAGAUGGCCCAAACAGAGUGACGGACUUGAUUCGUAUUGCAAUCUCAGACAAGAAUGAUAAUCCUCCAUACUUUGACAAAUCUUUGUAUGAGGCUGAGGUAGAUGAAAAUGAGGAUAUCCAUCAUACAGUGUUGACUGUCACAGCAAAGGAUAAUGAUGAAUCAUCCCGCAUCCGAUAUGAAAUCACCAAAGGUAAUGAUGGAGGAGCUUUUGCAGUAAAGAAUAUGACUGGUGCCAUCUAUGUUGCUGGACAGCUAGACUAUGAGUCACGAAAACGGUAUGAGCUGCGCCUGGUUGCUUCUGACAACUUGAAUGAGAACUUCACAACUGUUGUAAUCAACGUCAAGGAUGUCAAUGAUAACCCUCCAAUCUUUGAUCGCCCACUCUACAAAACACAAAUCACUGAAGAAAGUGGAACUGAUCUGCCCAAGAAAGUCCUUCAGUAUGAGUUGACGCUGGUGGCAUCUGAUUCCCUGAAUGAAAAUGAGACACGUGUCAUCAUUCACGUGAAAGAUGUCAAUGAUUUGCCGCCCACAUUUGAUCAACCAGCUUAUUCAGCAACAAUGGAGGAAGAGUAUUCAGAUCCUCUUCCACACCGUCUUCUUCAGGUCACUGCAACUGAUGGAGACAGAGACAGGCCACAAAACAUUGUCUACUUUCUCACUGGACAAGGAAUUGAUGCAAAUAAUCCUGCAAACAACAAGUUUGACAUCAAUCGAACAUCAGGAGAAAUAUAUGUGUUAAAGGAACUGGAUCGAGAUCAACCACAUGGUCGCCCUCAGUGGAGGUUCACAGUCUUUGCAAUGGAUGAAGGUGGAGAAGGUCUUGUUGGGUAUGCAGAUGUGCAAAUCAAUUUAAAGGACAUCAAUGACAAUGAGCCAUUUUUCUUCCCUGCUGUCAAAAUUGGCAAUGUCACUGAAAAUGGCACAGAAGAUAUGGUAGUGAUGACAAUGACUGCUGAGGAUUAUGAUGAUCCAAAUGAGGGAACAAAUGCCAAACUAACUUACUCUAUUGAUAAAAAUGUCAUUGAUGAUGAGAAAACAGGGAAGCCUAUAUUCAAAAUUGAUCCAGAAACUGGAGUAAUCACUACAAAUGUUUGCUGCUUGGACCGGGAGAAGACUCCUGAGUAUACUAUACAAGUUGUAGCAGAGGAUGGAGGCCAAUUAAAAGGAACAGGAACAGCAUUGAUCAGAGUGAAGGAUAUCAAUGACAUGCCACCAACCUUUAGCAAAGAAGAAUGGUAUGCUGAAGUGGAUGAAACUGAGGGGAACAUCCUUCCUGAUGUUCCUAUCCUGACUGUCACAGUUUUGGAUGAAGAUGAGACCAACAAGUUUCAUUAUAAGGUCAUUGAGAAAUCAGGAUAUGGUGCUGAUAAGUUCACGAUGGUUAGAAAUUCAGAUGGCACUGGAUCCCUAAAAGUGGUUCAACGCUUGGACUACGAAGAUCAGUACCAGCGUGGUGGAUUCCGUUUCCAGAUUCAGGUCAAUGACAAGGGAGAAGACAAUGAUGUGGAUCGAUACCAUGUUGCAUAUUCAUGGGUGAAUGUCACACUCCGAGAUAUCAAUGACAACACACCUGUCUUUGAGAAACCAAACAUUGAAGUCUCUGUUUAUGAGAAUGCUGAGAUUGGGAAGAGCUUACAGACAUUCCAAGCAACAGAUCCUGAUCGUGGUGGCCGAUCAAAAGUGUCCUAUGCCAUUGAUCGUAGCUCAGACAGAAGAAGGCAGUUUGCUAUCAAUAAUGAUGGGACUGUCACUAUUCAGAGAAGCUUGGAUAGAGAAGAUACUCCCCGCCAUCAGCUCAAAAUUCUGGCCAUUGAUGAUGGAGACCCUCCAAAGACUGCCACUGCAACCCUUACAGUCAUUGUUCAAGAUAUCAAUGAUAAUGCUCCUCGGUUCCUGAAGGCAAGACCAAUCGAAUUGUGCUGUCAGACUUUCAGUGUCAUACUUUGUUUUUUUUUUAUGUACCUCUUUUUAUUUCCUGUUCAGGAUUACAGACCAGUUGUUCCUGAGAAUUCAUUGCCCAGGAAAGUGAUAGAGAUUUUGGCCACUGAUGAUGAUGAUAGAUCCAAGUCGAAUGGCCCUCCGUUUUCGUUCAGCCUAGAUCACAGGAAAGCUGAUGAUGAAAUCAAAGAAUCAUUUCGAAUUGAACAUCUGCCUCGUGGAGCCAAUGGAGAUGGGAUGGCCAUUGUACAUUCAUUGAGAUCCUUUGAUCGUGAGCUACAGAAGGAGUAUUAUGUCCCCAUAGUCAUUACAGAUGAUGGAGAGACACCACAAACAGGCACAUCAACUUUAACUGUUAUCAUUGGAGAUGUUAAUGACAAUCGAAUGCUCCCAGGUGCAAAGGAGAUCCUUGUGUACAACUACAAAGGAGACAUCCCACAAACAGAUAUUGGCAGAGUGUAUGUAUUCGAUUUGGAUGAUUGGGACCUCCCAGACAAGAAAUUCUAUUGGGCUGAUGACCAUGAAAAUGAAUACUUCCUCCUAGAUGAAGAAACUGGAAUGAUCACUCUCAGGAAAGGCACACCGAAUGGAAAGUAUGAACUACACUUUUUGGUGUAUGACCGGAAGCACACACAGACAAAUGUCCCAGCAAAUGUAACAGUCAUUGUACAAGAGAUUCCUGAGGAAGCUGUCCUCAAAAGUGGUUCACUUCGGAUUGAUGGAAUUUCAGACGAGGACUUCAUCCGAAUCUGGGAUUACAAGACCCAACAGGUCAUGCCAAGCAAACUGGAGCUCUUCAGGAAGGAAGUGGCCAAGUUGAUUGAGACCUCAGUGACAAACAUAGAUGUUUUCAGUGUUCAACUGAAACAAGAGAGGCCUCCUAUCACAGAUAUACGGUUCUCAGCUCAUGGUUCCCCUUACUAUUCCCCCACAAUGCUCAAUGGUCUUGUACUCCAGAAUAGAGACAAGAUUGAGGAAGAAGUGGGAAUAAACAUCACCAUGGUUGGCAUUGAUGAAUGCUUACAUGAGAUGGCCAAGUGCGAGGGAUCUUGCACGAAUCGACUUGUAAUCUCUCCAAACCCAUAUAUGGUGAAUGCUAAUAGGACAGCAUUGGUAGGUGUUCGCACUGAUGUUGAGGCUGUCUGUGAAUGUGGAGCACGGAACUACACUAUCCCAAAGAGCUGUCGACCAAAUCCUUGCCUGAAUGGAGGCCGCUGCACAGAAAGUCUUUAUGGGACCAUUGAAUGCGAGUGUCGAGAAGGGUAUGAUGGGCCCAGGUGCCAAAAGCUGAGUAGAAGUUUCUAUGGUGGUGGUUGGGCAUGGUUCCCUCCCUUGAAGCUGUGUUCUGAAUCUCAUCUGAGUGUGGAAUUUCUUGCUGACAAUGCUGAGGGGCUAAUCCUUUACAAUGGACCCAUUACUGCUCCUGAUCCAGAGGAAAUCCUUAUCUCUGAUUUCAUAUCUCUGGAGCUUGAUGGUGGACACCCUCGAUUGCUUAUUGAUUUUGGUUCUGGGACCUUGGAGUUGAAGGUGAAUACCCGUGAUGGUUUAGAUGAUGGCUUUUGGCAUCGCAUUGAUAUCUUUUGGGAUACAGAGAAUGUGAGGAUGGUGGUAGAUUACUGCAGGACUGCAGAAGUGACUGAAUCUGAGAAUGGAACAGUUCCCAUAUUUUAUGAUCACAAUUGUCAAGCCAAGGGGACUAUUCCUCGAUUCAAUGAAUAUUUGAAUGUCAACACACCAUUGCAACUGGGUGGUGUGGCACAUGAACCUUUGGAUCCUACCUUGUUUAAUUGGAAGUAUGUCCCCAAGACAGAAAAAUCCUUCAGGGGAUGCAUCAGAAAUCUUAUACAUAAUAGUGAGGUGUAUGACUUGGCCUUACCUGGUUUGUGGAGGAACAAUGAUGCUGGAUGCCUUCCAUUUGAAGGAUCUUGCAAAGGCAAUGAAAUUGAACCAUUAUGCGGACCACAUGGAGUUUGUGAAGGCUCUCGUUAUGACACACACUGCGAGUGUAAACCAGGAUGGACUGGUCCCAGAUGUGAUACACCCACAACACCUGUCAUGUUCCAUCCAGAAAGUUGUGUGAAGUAUGCCCUCUCCUUCCCACCAAAUGCCUUUGUCACUGAGAUCCAGCUCCGCUUCCGGACCAGGGAGCACCAUGGUGAAAUGUUCAGAGCAGCCGAUCAACACAAUCGAGAGUUUGUUGUUCUGGAGAUCAAGGAUAGGAGGUUGAGAUUCAGGUAUAAUCUGAAUUCCCUGCGUACAGAAGAAAAGAUUUUAUGGCUGAGCAAAGUUGUUGUGUCUGAUGGUCAGUGGCAUGUGGCCAAAGUCUCCAGAUAUGGUUCUGCUGCUGUCCUCCAGCUGGAUGGAGGUGAAGGUGUAUAUUACAAUGAAAGCUUUGAAUUCACCGGUCACCAGCUUUUAGUGGUCACCAAGCAGGAUGGCACAUAUGCUGGUGGACGGCCUGAUUACACUGGCAUGCGGACCUUCCAGGUCAUAGCUGACUACAAGAAAGGGUGUUUGGAUGACAUUAGAUUUGAAGGGAGGCUCAUGCCUCUACCUCCUGCCUUGAAUGGAACACAUGGAGGUCAAGCCACUUUAUAUCGACAUUUGGAAAUUGGUUGCGAAGCACCUAAUCCCUGCAAGAAGCAUCAAUGUACUCCUCCUUUUGAGUGUCAUGAUCUGUGGAUGCACCAUGUAUGCGCCUGUCCUAAGGGAAAAAAGGAAUCUCCUGAUGGGACAACCUGUAUGGAAAUAAAUGAAUGCCUGCAACAGCCUUGCCUCAAUGGUGGCACUUGCAUUGACACUGACGACGGUUUCAAGUGUGAUUGUAAGAAUGGCUACACUGGAAACAUCUGUAACUUGCUUCAGGAAGGCCAGGUCUUGCGCUUGGGAACGGGUGCCUUGGCUGCCAUUCUCGUCUGCCUUCUCAUAAUUCUUGUGCUGGUAUUGGUGUUUGUCGUGUACCAUCGGAGGAGAGAAUCAGCCAUCAAAUAUCCAGGCCCUGAUGAUGAUGUCCGAGAGAACAUCAUCAACUAUGAUGAUGAAGGAGGGGGAGAAGAUGAUAUGACAGCAUUUGACAUUACGCCACUCCAAAUUCCUGUUGAUGGUGCAGGUCCAGGAAAAAUGCCUCCGCAGGCAGGGGGCUUGCGGCAUAGGCCUCCAUACAUGGGUGGAGGAGGUCAUCCAGAUGUUGGGAUCUUCAUCAAUGAUCUCAAGGGGAAAGCAGACAAUGAUCCCAAUGCCCCACCUUAUGAUGACCUCCGCAACUAUGCAUAUGAAGGAGGUGGUAGUACAGCUGGUUCAUUAUCAUCUCUUGCUUCUGACUAAAUAAAAAGGAGGGUUCUUAAGAAGGUACUGAGGAUCAAGAGCAAG